UGAUUACUUUCCAGUUCUGUGUGCCUUACAAGUGGCAUGAGAGGUUCAACGGAAUUCCUCAGGUGAAAACUUAGCGUCUGUCGGAGUCUCGACAAUGAAGCUAUCAGACCAGCAUUGCAGCACUGUCUUUGGAAGCAUUGUGGAGUAAAUGAUUAAUUUGAGAAAGAGUUCUUCCCAUCAGGGAUCCACCCUGGCAUGAGAAUAGUCUCAAUUUAGAGUCAACGCCAACGCCAAGCGCCAGAAAUGUCCCUUCUCCGUCCCUCCUUGAAAGGCUUUUAAUCAAGCGAAUGGAGUCAGGGACGACUCGGGGAUUCUCGCUUACCAUGUCACUUGUCCGAUUGGCUCCAAGGACGUCAUACCUGAAGAGAUUGUGGAUCCGACGGGAAGUGUGCUUGAUCUCCGUGUUGUGUUGGUGGUGAUGAACCUAUGCUCGUCAAUCAUGGAUUGCCUGCCAGGACGAGGUGAUGCUGCCAGUCCAAAGGUCAACGUCUCAUGUGGAAUGCUCCUCGGAAGAGCCAGAGAGACCAACCAAGGCACGGAGUACGUCAGCUUUACCAAAAUUCCUUAUGCCUUACCCCCAACAGGUAGGCUCCGAUUUCGGAAACCACUCCCAGCGGAUGAUUGGCAGGAAGUUUACCGAGCAAAGUCCAAAUGUUCUCGACCACUUCAACUCAACAAGCUAAUAGGGAACCGAGUCAUUGGUCAAGAAGACUGCCUACAUCUCAAUGUGUACACACCAGAUCUGCCCAUUACUGAAAACCAGACUAAAUUACCAGUCAUGGUGUGGCUUUACGGGGGUGAAUUCGUAAUGGGGGAUGCAUCGGAGGAUAUGCAACUUCCCGAACACAUUAUGGACAAUGGGCAAGUGGUUGUGGUAACCGUGAACUAUCGUUCAGGUCCUUUAGGCUAUUUAUGCUUAGAGAGCGAAAAAGCUCCGGGAAACUUGGCUCUCUGGGAUCAAAACAUGGCCUUACAUUGGGUAAAGCAGAAUAUUGCGGCCUUUGGAGGCGACCCCAAUAACGUUACCUUGGUUGGUGAAGGAUCCGGAGCGGUUUGUGCUUGCUACCAUCUGAUUUCUCCUCGAAGUGCUGGACUUCUGCACAAGCUCAUCAUUAUGUCCGGAUCUUUGGCCUCGUUGGCAUACCAUUCUGACCGGGAACCAGUGGACAUCGCUAGACAAUUUGCCAAAAAAUUGGGCUGCGCCAACAUAGAAAGUCCAGACGCCAUUUUGCAACAACUCCAAGAGCUCAACGCCGAGGAUAUUGUGGGAGCCUCUGCUUGCUUGCAAGAAUGGAGCCAUUUCAGUCCCAAUCCCUGGCUUCCAGUUGUUGAUGCAGGCUUCUUGAAAGAACCAUUCAUACCAGGACAUCCAUUCGAAGUUAUUGCCAAGGGCAAAAUCAACAAAUUACCCCUUAUAUUCGGAUCCACCUUGGACGAGGGAAUCUAUUUCGCUUCGUCUUUCCUUGGGUCCGAACCGAUUUCGCUGGGGCCUCAACUGGCUGAAAAUUGGCCUCUUAUCUUGGGUGGGAUCCUUUUGAACCGAAGCGGAAGCAAAUUUGACGCCUCAGACAUUUCUACCAUCACCAAGAUUAAAGAGUUCUAUUUGGGCGAUGACGCGGAAUUCAACCGAGAAAACAAGCAAAAAUUGAUCCAAAUGUUCGGGGAUGCUUUCACUUUUGGUGGAAAUGAAAUGUUCUGCAAGCUGAUCAACUCCGUCUCUGCCCAACCAAUUUACCAAUAUUCUUACGAGUUUUUGGGAUCCUGUCAGUUUGGCGAACUCAUCACGUACCCACCAAAGAACGCCUUAUCUAAAGUCAUGCUCGACAAAAUCGGAUUGAAGAUCCACUCUUCCAAAGAGGAGGGGGUUUCCCACGGUGACGACCAUUUUUGCUUCUUCUCCUCAAAUCUCCCGAUGAUGGGCAAAUCAUUCUCCAAAGGGACUGAUGGGAAAGUAUCGGAUCGAAUGGUUCAGUUGUGGGUGAAUUUUUCAAAAUUUGCUAAUCCGACUCCUAACCAGAAUGAUCCCCACUUGGGUCGAUUGACUUGGGAUCCUGUCAAGGGUGAUAAACGACCUUAUCUCGCCCUGAGCACCAAAUUUGAGGUCCGCGAAUUCUCUGCCGAUCUGAAGUGUCGCUCAGGAUUCUGGAUUGGGCUCAUUGAGAGCCAGCAGGAGAGGAAAAAGGCCCCACUUCCAGAUUCGUAAAUUCAGGGCGCAGCCCUUUCAUUUGAAUCUCACUCAACCUCCAAGUUAAUCUCGCUCUUUCAAACAGAACCAUAUUACUACUAUCUUUCACAUGUUGCAUGCUUCGAAUUUCAUUCAUCUUAUGCAAUUUAAAUUACAAAUGGGAAUCUUCUUGGCCAUUAUCUACCCCGAAGUACAAAAUCGAAAAAAAACACUCAUUUUGAAAUAUAGUGCACAUGCUUCAAAUCUCAAUUCCGACAAGAUGAAGUGAUCUGUUAAGUCGUUUCCUGAGUCGCAUUACCAUACCAAAGUCAAUAACUCAUCCUGCUGUCUAAUGUCUGACAACUGGUGCCAGAAAAUGUCAUUUUGAAAACAUUCCAAAGCUUUGUUUGAGUUUGCUUUUGAAGCACUUGACUUUGUUUUUGAGAAAUAGAAGUGAUAACUAGGCUUUAUAACAUUUUAAGGGUGACCACUCUCUCCGUUUCCAGAUCUACAUAAAGUUCUAGUUUACACGCAAAUUUAUCUGGCGAUUCAAAUGCAUCUUCGAUUCAAAUGUAUA